GACCCUUGGGAGUUGUAGUCAAAAGGGACUUUGGAAGAUGGAAUUAGGACCUCCAGAUGUGAUGGAGCGCAAAGGAGCGCUGACUUUGCGCUCUCAUUCUGCCUUCUAUGGGAGGCCCACUCUUGUUUACCAUUGGUAUUACAAUAGAGAGGCUGAACCUAAGGAUUAUGACAUACAUCAAAUUCCUUUGGGCUCUAAAAACUUAUGUCGCUCCACCUAUUGGCGACUUGGAACCAUAGAUGAGAAAUGGAUAACCACUAACCAAGAUUACCUGUCUCAACCCUAUACAAUUAAAGAAUAUAAGGAACUAGAGAUUCGGAAGCCUCUGUUAAAUGAAGAAAAUUUUGAUGUAGCUGUUAUUGACAGGGAGACAGGGCUACCAGAAACAGGUUUUGGAGCUCUAUUGCCACGUCACUCUCCAGAUCACUUUAAAAUGCUUUUGGGCACAACAUACCAAAUAGAUUAUGUUCCACCAUAUGACUAUGUACCAUAUAUUACACCUGAUGUAGGUGGCUACUCUGUAGUUCACAGAAAAUGUCAUUCUCAGUUUACCGACACAGCAGAUUACAGAAGACAUGGUAUCAACACAUGGCAAGAUGAGAGUGGAGUGUAUGCUAAUGCAGAUCUAAAGCAAAAAGUAUUUCCUGUAACUAACCCUAUACCAACAAAUGUACAUGAAAAUGAUUCUUAAGCACUAGUAACUCAGGAAAAAUAAAGUUUCUGUAUCUAUUAGACUCAUUUAAACAACA